AUGACGACCUCCAGUAGCGUCUCGGCGCUCAACUCACGCCAAUUACAGGAGCCACGUCCGCGACGUUUAGACCCGCACCGUCAUCAAUCCUUGCCUAAAAUCACCGGCCGUAAGCUUCGCACGCCGCGAAAAUUUGUAGUGACGGACGUAUCUGACGAAGAGCUGGAUGCACUGAAGCCGAGUGCGUUACUUAGCGCCAUGUCGGACGUAGCGGGACGGCAGCGAGACGACAACGAGAAUGAUCACAGUAACAGUGAAGACCUGUCUGCCUCAAGUUCUUUGGUUCGCAAGGGUAAGACGCAAAUUAAAGGUCGCUUUACUAUCACGGAUCUAUCUCCUGAGUCUCCAGAGAUACCGUCAGGACGCGAGGACAUGUCGGUUUCGAUGGGACCGACACCCUCGCGAGUCCUCGAAGCUUCGCGACGUACGUCGAGAAAAAUGGCCAGUCGACGACCAUUCCAGUCGGCAGGCGACGCCCGUCCUUCAGUGGGUCUUACAAACGCGAGUAUUUCUCAACCGCAGCAAGAAACGCCUUUGAUUGCAUCAUUCCAAUGUCCUGGGGUAUCAUUACCGUCGUCGCAAUCUCUGCGCCCGUCCUUGCCAGCUCAUGCAAUGAACAAACAGGUCAUCCAGUUUAAUUAUCCAACUCAGACAGUGUUUGACAACCAUUUGGAGUUUCUGGCGAAAGAGACGUCCGAGAUGAAGUUGGCUCUGGAAAAAAUGGUGGCUACAAAUGCUCAUUGGAUUGAAGCUCUUACUUCAGCUGGUCUGGCACAAGGUAGAUUGUGGGAGGCUACUGUAUCGGGGCCUGCUUCUGCUGCGAGGCCACCCUUUGAACAGAUGUACCGUGGCUUGGAAAAGGCGUACAUGGAGCUGCAGCCUAAAUACGACGCAGUCUGUCAAAAGAGUGAGCGGAUGGAAGUGAAGAAUGCAAUGCUGGAGAUUCGUCUCCAGCAGCAGAUCAACCGCUCAUCGAUGCUACGAUCGCAGCUUGACAAGCUGACACAGUACACGGAGAAACUAAUUUGCGAGUCAUCGGAGCCUACGCUUCACGAUUACAACUCGGAUUUGAACUCAAUCUUUGGCGAACACUCUGAAGCUCAUUCUCCUACUGCUGAAAUGACGAGUGGUGGUGAGUACGGUUUCAACGACAAUGUACUCAAGUCUCGGCGGCAGCGCUGGCAUGACUUGGAUGAGGAGUGUAUGUCAAACACGAAUACUGAGGAAGAGCCAUUGCGUAAGACGUCGUCGCCCCUACCAAAUGAGAACAAUCGGUACUGUAGCGAUAAGGAGCGUAAGACUGUCGACUCCUCGUCCGCCAACGACCGUGGUAGCUCUGCCGCGGUGAGCUUGCUACUGGAUGACCAGGUGAAAGAACUGCGCGAGUCUCUACAGCUAAAGAAGGAGGUCGCUGACGUAUCCGUAAUUGACUCGUCGGAUUCUAUGGCCGUGUGCCCCUCUGUCACAAAUUUCGAGCCCAACGGCGACGAUGACUGUGACGUGAACGACUCUAUCCUGCUGCCAAAUAAGUUGCACACUGACUUGCUCAAGCAUAGCGAUUCGGUGGUUUCGCUCAAUGAUUCGACAGUUUCAUCGACUUCAUCGUUGGCCGCUUAUGGACUUCAUCUGGCAUCCAUGGCGCAGUCAAAAUCUGGCUACGUUUGUAGCAUUGCUGCUACUAGCUUGUUUGGUCCGCAUCCAGAGCCGUAUCCAAAUGCGUCUAGUCAUCCGAAUGGCUCUCAAGACGAUGACACUAUCUACAAUGUGCUUAGUCCAGAGAAUCUGCGUUUCCACGAUUGCAGGUCCCUGCUUGAAGCUGCCGAAGAGAGAAAUUUGCAGACGUCGAGCAGGCGACAUAGUUUCUUCUUUACGACUGGUAGAAAAACAUCUUCUUUACCGGAGGCAAGUGAAGCAUCCGAACAGACCCAAUCGACUGGUAGUUUGUUCCAGCGAUUUGCAGUCCGGCGGCAAAAGCCUGUCGUCUAG